AUGCAGAACGACGAAGGAGCACUUGUUGAACUAUACAUACCGAGGAAAUGCUCCUCAUCAUCGCGUAUCAUUGCAGCAACUGAUCAUGCAGCAGUGCAGAUCGACUUGGUCGAUGUAGAUCCUAAAACUGGACGCAUGGUACCAGGAAAAGUUAUAAGGUACGCGAUCUGUGGUGAAAUUCGAUGUAUGGGUGAAUCGGAUGAUUGCAUUUUGCGUCUUGCAAAACGCGAUGGUUUGAUACCGAGCAGUCCUCUUGUGUAUUUCUGGAUGGUAGAAUUGUCUUUUGUGGAAGUUUUUUUAGAGGGAAUCGAGCCAGUAUUUUGCUUCAGAAUUAUUAGGAUGGAAGUGUUAUACAAAAUUUUGGGUGAAGGUGCUGAGUCUUGA